GCAAAUCAAAAGUCGAUGUGAAUAAAUUAUUAUUAGUCUUUAUCAGAACCUUCGUUCACGGCUAUAGACAUUGCCUUUUUCCGACCACGUCUUGCGCCGAGGGCCAAUCACCUAAGGCCUCAGGGCAGCUCCAUUUUCAACGGAGAAGGCAAGAAGGCAAGAAGCUCUGAAGAUCUCAAACCAACCAACCACAAGUCACAAGACGCAAGGCCCAGGGCUCUGGGACGUUUAAUUCCGGUCUCUCAGGCUACUUACUACGACAUCAUUAUUGGUUGUUGGAAGUGCUUCUCGUCAUUGAUACCUUUCUGAGCGCAUGGAGAUCGUCAGGACACAGAGCACGGCCUGAUGAUACUCGACCAAGCUAACAUCGUAGAUAUGCAGGAACUUCGGUAGACAAAACGGGAGGCAGAUUGUUACCUCGUACAGGACUGACAUACGACUGACGCUGACCUUUGGCGUCUGGGAGUUUGCUUAUCGUAGAUCAAAGAAGAAGCUAUUUUCAUCUAUGCCUUAGUCUUCUUCAUAAAUAAGCUACAGGCCAAAUUCCAUUGGAGCAUAUCUAACUGAUAAGCAUCUCAGCAAAACAUAAUCACACCAAAGCGGCCGAGAAAAAGCGGAACAAGACGAGGAGAUUGAUGUAUAUAUAUAUAUAUAUCUUGAACUCGGAAACACCAACAACUAUACUCAACUUGCAAACCUCUGGUACGAACACCUACGAUUCACAUCUACAAAAUGACCACAAGAUUAAGAGUCAAGAGGAUUCUGAAGAAGCUUGAGAGUGACCAUGCUGAGGGUCUUACAAGUACAGAGAUGUUCCUCGCAACCGAGGACCUCUUACCUGUCAAAGAGGAACAAAAGACUUGGGAUGGUUGGAACUUUGCUUCUUUCUGGAUCGCUGACAGUUUCAACUUAAAUACAUUUACUAUUGCUUCAUCGAUGAUCAGUGCAGGCCUUAGUUGGUGGCAAGCCUUCAUCUGUGUCAUAAUCGGGUACUCCCUCGUCGGUCCGCUCAUCGUCCUUAGUGCGCGUCCUGGCGCUGUCCAUGGUAUCGUCUUCCCUGCUGUCUGUCGUACCACGUUUGGAUUAUUCGGCAGUCUAUGGCCUGUUCUCAACCGGGCAGGAAUGGCUGCGAUCUGGUGGGGCGUGCAAGGAUGGCUCGGAGGUGAAUGUGUUUAUGUAUUGCUCAGAGCGAUCUGGCCAAGCUAUCCCAAUAUCAAAAACAUAAUGCCUGCAAGCACCGAAACUACUUCAGCUUAUGUUCUUGCCUUUGUAAUUUUUUGGCUCCUUUCUUUGCCCACGAUCUGGGUUCCCAUCCACAAGCUUCGGUGGCUCUUCGCAGCCAAAGCAAUAGUCGGCCCUAUCGUGGGCUUUACUCUCUUUGGAUGGUCAAUCACUCGUGCAGGCGGUAUUGGUCCAGUCUUCUCACAGCCUGCUACCUUGUCUGGCUCCGCUUUGGGGUGGCAGAUGCUGAUCAGCAUCUCAAGCUGCUUCAACAACAUGUUUACUCUCGUAGUCAAUGCCCCUGACUUUGCCAGUAGGGCUAAGAAGCCCAGUGCUGCCGUAUGGCCUCAACUGAUUUCAAUGCCGCUCGGCUUUACUGUCACCUCUUUCUUGGGUAUCGUGAUCGCUUCUGCCAGUGCUCCUCAAUUUGGUACUCAGAUCUGGGAUGUUGUCCAGAUUAUGGACAGAAUGCUUGACGGUGCCUCCUCAUCUACACGAGCGGGACUUGUUUUUAUCUCUGCUGGUUUCGUCUACGUUCAGCUUUUGCUCAAUGUUGCUGCCAACUCUAUUUCUGCCGGCUGUGAUUUGACUGCCCUCUUCCCUCGAUACCUCUCUAUUCGCAGGGGUGGAUACAUUGCCGCCAUCAUCGGUAUCUGCAUGAACCCCUGGUUGCUCUACACGUCUUCCUCCACCUUCAGCACUUAUCUCAGCGCUUAUGGUGUUCUUCUCUCGUGUAUUGCGGGUCCAAUGAUCACCGACUACUGGUUCGUUCGAAGAGGACACAUGCGUGUAAACGACUUGUAUUCUGCGGAGAAGAGUGGAUGGUACUGGUACACCUGGGGUAUCAACUGGCGCGGUUAUUUGGGCUACAUCAUCGGCUUUGCCUGUAACGCACCUGGUUUCAUCAAUUCUAUCAACCCCAACAUCUACGUCCCUGUAGGGGCCCAGCGUGUAUACUACCUCUCUUGGAUCACAGGUACUGGUAUUUCCGGUUUUGUUUACUAUCUGGCUUGUCUCAUCUCUCCGCCGCCUGGAAUGAACAGGACUUUCAUGGAGGUUGAUGAGAGUAAAGAUGAGUUGAGGGUUGAUGAGAUUGCUAGGAUGAGAAUGCCGCAAGAGGGUGUGGAAGCGCCAGAGAUAUCGGAAAAGAAGGUCAGCCAGGAGGGCCAGGUGUCUGUGGUGGAAGCGGCGUAAUGGGGUCCAGAUCCUAUAUUUUUUGCUCAGGAGCAUAGUUUUUGGGGCUCGCACCGUUGUAGCUUAGGGUUUUUUUUUUCAAACAUUGUAGAUGGAUCAAAAUGUGUUUAACCUCCAAUCAGUCAGAGGUUUCGAGUCGUUGAGCCUAUUUAUGUUUUCCGAACAAUAGUAUUUCGAAUA